AUGACGAAAAAAUAUGAAACAAUAACAUUUCUAUGUUUGCGUCGUCCACCCAGUUCGCCGCGGUUGAACCCGCACGCAGUUCGAGCGGAGCUGGGAAGAGCCCUGGACGUUUGGUCUCAGCACAGCAAACUCACGUUCACCGAAGUCGACAGCGACAGGGCCGAUAUUCUUGUCUAUUUUCACAAAGAUGACCACUUCGAUGGGUUUCCUUUCGACGGACGAGGUUCCGUCCUGGCUCACGCCUUCUUUCCGGGUUCAGGAAGAGGCGGUGAUGCUCAUUUCGAUGAUGAUGAACACUGGAUAGUAGGAGAUUUUGAUGAAAGCGAAGAGGAAAACACUCCUAUGACCCCGUUUUCCCCUAUGUUCUAUGUCUCACAUACACCACGCGGUCUAUCGAGGGCAGUCCGACAAUUGCAGCUUUGGGAACAUUUAUUGGAAAGGAUUGUGUCGGCCGACGCCGUAAAAGAUUUUCGUAUCGUACAAGGAAAUGAUUUAUUUGCUACAUCUUUGCGUCGUCCACCCAGUUCUCCGCGGUUGAACCCGCAUGCCGUGCGUGCGGAGCUGGGAAGAGCCCUGGACGUUUGGUCUCAGCACAGCAAACUCACGUUCACCGAAGUCGACAGCGACAGGGCCGAUAUUCUUGUCUAUUUUCACAAAGAUGACCACUUCGAUGGGUUUCCUUUCGACGGACGUGGUUCCGUCCUGGCUCACGCCUUCUUUCCGGGUUCAGGAAGAGGCGGUGAUGCUCAUUUCGAUGAUGACGAACACUGGAUAGUCGGAGAUUUUGAUGAAAGCGAAGAGGAAAAGGCCUAUGCCAUUAAAGAUGCCUUAUCACUGGUCGUAUUCUAG